AUGAAAUCCACCAAUACUUAUUAAUACAUUACUAACAAUUCACAUUAAGAACUUAUUGAUUAUUUGAAAUAAGAAAACAAACAAUUGAAUGAUUAACUCAAGGAGCUUAAUAAUCUCCUUCAACUCAACAAAAAAGCCUUAAAAAUAAUGACUCCUUAAAAUAACGAUGAGUAAAAUAAGGCAUUACUAAUGGUCCUCAAGAAUCUUCAAGAAGAAAAUGCCAAAUUAAACUCAUAAAUAGAGAAACUUAUAAUUGAAAGAAAUUAAGCAUAAAACUAAGUAUUAAUCAAUUAAUAAAUCACUGAAGAAGCAUAAAGACAUGAAAAAGAAUUAAUUGUAUCACUUCAAAACAAAAUUACAACAUUAUAAAAUAAUUUAAGCAAGGCUGAAUCUUAAUUAUGCAAAUUGGAAUUCUUAAAGCCAGAAUUUGAUGAAUAGUCUGGUAUUCUUAUUAAAUAUAAAUAAAUUACUGAUAUUAACAAAAUCAAUAAAGAAUUUCAUGAUAAGAUUGAAAUAUUAAAUGAACUCUUAAUAUUAUAAAUUAAAAAGAAUAAAAAAAUUGAAGCUGAAAAAAAACAAUUACAAGGCUUAAAUCUAGUAAAUUUUAUUUUUAAAUUAGAAAUUAAUUACUAAUCUUAUCUCAUUAAAGAAUGCAGCCUUAACAUCUAAUGGAAAUAAAGUUAUUUUAUAAUAACAAUAAUAAAUGGAUCCAUAACCUCAUCAAUUAAUUAAAUGUAACCAUAUAUUUAUUAUAUUUUUUAGUUCAACAAAAUAUUCUUUAUGCAAUGAAUAAGGAUGAAAAUUUAUAUUCAUCUGAAUCUGAAGCUAUGUCUUCUGUUGAUAAUUCUCCUUUGGCUUCACCUUUACCAGUUAAAUAAGAGAACUUUAAAUCAUAAUAGGAAAAUUAAAAGUUUAAAAAUUCUAAAGAAAUUCCUAAACUCAAUCUUAGCUAAGCAAUAAUAAUAUAAGAAUUAAAUGCAAAAAGAUAAAGUUAUUAAGCAUAAGAUAUGAGAAAGGCAACUGAUGGAAACUUAUUAGAUAAAUUGAAAUAAUAUGAUAAAGCAUUAGAAGAACUGAAAAAGAAUUAUUAAAGAGAAAUGACAUUAAAUAAAGCACUUGAAACUACCAAUAAUGAACUUGAAAGACGUUGUGAUAAUUUCGAAGUAAUUUUUAUUUCUUAUGUAUUUAGAAUUAAAUUUAAAUACUUAUUAAUUCUAAUUUAAGAUAUUAAGAGAAAUUGUAGAAAAUAAAUAAACAAUAUCAUUUUUUACAAUAAUUUUACUUAAACAACAAAGAUUAAGUUACAACAACACAAAGUCAUAAUCAUAGAUUCUCAUAAAGUCCUACUGAAUAAUCUUAAGAAUUAGUAUUAGAUACUUCAUUUAUAGAUGCAAAUGAAGCAAUUUUAUCAAAUGAAUAGGAAUUCAAAAAUAUUUAAUAUUAAAUGAUGCAAUAAUAAUAGUAUCAUUAAUAAUUGUUAUAACAUUAAAACUUCUAUUAAUUUUAUUAUCCUAAUAAUGUUGAGGAUGCAUAGAGAUUCCUUUUAGGAUUAGCAGAAUAGAUAUAUAGUGGAUUAUCAGAGAAAAUAGAUUAAAUAAUAUAGGGUUAGAGUAAUUAGAUAAGAGAAUAUGAAAAUAGAAUUAGAUCAUUAAGUGACAUAGUUCAAUAUUAAAAUAGAGUAUAGUAUAAUAAAUAAUAAUAAUAAUGA